AGCUUCGGUAGACUUAGAGAGUGGGCAGAAUGACAAGUGAUGAUGUAGGCUCGCGAUAAAGAAAAGAUGUCGCUAGUAAAACUACCCUCAUUUUCUCGGCCCUCUUCUGCCCGUCGCGACCUGCUCUUCUGGGUGGAGGGGCCCGUGCAGUUUUCGCAUGCAGAUCCUGAACGACAGCAUCAAAUCGGCAGAACUACUACCACCCCCACCGAGGCGGGACGGCCCAGCACGUCGCAGCAUACCAAGAAUACCAGUCUGACCUCCUGGCGUGACAGAGUGAUCGCUUCUAUCGAGGAAAAGCACUACAAGAAAUCAUCGCAGGAGAAAGUCCGCGUCGUGGUGAUUUCGCCCUGGACAGAAUCCACGGACGCGAAAUGGCGACGGUACGCGCAGAACAUCGCUUUUCAACACUUUCUGCCGAUAGGACAGAAAGAGGACUACGUAGUUGGAGGUGAAGAAGACGUAGAACCUGAACCCAAGAUCGAAGGUGACAUUCGAGUGUUGCCCAUCCUGAAUCACAUCCACGAUCUGCAAUCCGUGGGAGCUAGUACGACAGGAGACGAGAGCAGGAAUCUUUUUGCGGAAUUACAGAAAAGAGGCGAAGGUGGUCCUAACACCGAGUCGGACGCGGGCGGGGCCACUGGAAGAUCGCAACUACGCAACCAAAGUUGUGCUACCGAUACGGAAAGUAGCGGUGUAGCGGAAAACGAGGAAAUCAACUUUUGGAACUUCAUCAAGUUUUUGAAAGAAGAACUCCCCCGGGCGCUCGCAGCGCGGACGACAGCCGCGACAGGUUGUGAUGGAGCUCUACAAGAGCCUGCUUUUUUCAGCAAGACGGCGUUCUUGAUCCAGCCUUGCCGUGCACCAGAUAAAAACGUCGAUUACGCUCCCGCCAUGGACUACGGUGCAGUCCGAUAUCUCACCGAAGAUUUCUUUGCCGCCAACAGGGACGCAGUGGUUUUGGACGGAGAUGACGCCACCGCUGCUGGUAGUCCUACUGCAAGAUUAUGGAAGAGCUGCAGCAUGACAGAUUCUUUCGCACGCCCGGGAGACACCGUCGUCCACCAAUCUCUUGGCAGCCUCGAGCGGAGCCUCAAGUUCGUAUUGAAUUUGUCUGGCUUCGUAUCUCCAGAAAAAAACUGUGUAUAGUUAGUGUAAAUCUGUGAUGCAGAAAAUGCAAAACAGUCACACUUGUCAUGCUGGAAGUGCGUCAUAGACUACCAUCAUACGUGUUUUCACUUACUUGCUGCGCAUGACAGGUUUUCCCUGUAAUGCAAAACGAAUUUGUGAUGCUGCUCUUCCUACAAAGUUACACUUACACAGCUUUUUUCCUGGAUACUUUGGCUUGUUUUUUCUCGCGGUAGUGCAUGAGCAUGAGAUGUUGAUCGUGUUGGGAGAAUUUUUGCAAGAACCAACUCUCAUCAGCAUUUGUUUCAUGUUCAUCUGGGGAGCUAUCUGAAGCAUUAAGCGUGAAAAAUAGAAAUUCAUCGUGAAAAAAAUAAAACAUCAAGGCUCAUUACCUCGCCGCGCAUUUUCCGGAUUUUUUCCUCCGCAGCAGGCACAACUUCCACGAACACUCACCUCCUCCACGUGUUUCCCCUUGGGCUAUCGCGGGAAGAAGCUGUCUCAGUCUCAACUUCUUGGAAUGCUACGACCAGCUCGUUGAUGAGUGAUCACUACAGCAGGCAAAAAAUGGUGCGUGUUUUCUCUUCCUCUUGCUUUUCGAAGCAUGACAGAUUUUGUAUGCCAUGCUGAGCGAGUAUGAGUUUGUAUUGCAGAGAAGUCUGCAACUUAGAUUUGUUGAGAUUGAAACUACAGUUUUUCCAUCCGAUACAUGCAUCAGCAAGACCAAUCGCUCCAAGCCGUCGUCGCUGCGCCUAAGGAUUUCUACAAUUUUGAAAAGAACGAGUUGCUGAUGAACGAACGAGUUAGCUCGGGCGCGUUCCCCCCGCAGAAGCCUCCCGCAAAUCAUGGUUGGGCGAUGAGGGAGUACGAACGGAUAUGUCAGACAAAAUCGCAUAGCAUAUCAUAUUUGUUUGGCAUUUACCGUGAUUAGCUGCAAGCACAGGUCCAUUUGCAAGCCAUUUGCGUCCAUUUGCAUUUAGCCCAAAUGGCGCCAUACCAUGCGGAAGUAUUUUUUUCUGCAAAUUUGUUUCAAUUUUACAAAAAAAACGGCUUUCGCUGUAAAACGUAAACUAUCAUUGUGCUUUGGGUUUUUCUCCGUCUUGCAAAUGGAUGCAAAUGGUCCUAGCAUGGGGAUUGCUAUUUAGCCGGAAUCUGGAACGUCUUUUUGAAAAAAAAAGUUUGCUUGGGGUUUUUUCCAGAUUCUCAUGGGGAUUAGCUGCAAACGCAGGCCCAUUUGCAAGCCAGUUGCGUCCAUUUGCAUGUCGUGCAAAUGGUGCCAUAGCAUGCAGAAGUAUUUUUUUCUGCAAAUCUGUUGCAAUUUUGCAAAGUCAGCAGUUUUCUUUCUAAAACACAGACUCCCGCGGUGUUUUGGGUUUUUCUGCGUCUUGCAAAUGGAUGCAAAUGGCUUACAAAUGGACACCUUUUCCUUGGUCCUAGCAUGGGGAUUGCUAUUUAGCCGGAAUCUGGAACGUCUUUUUGAAAAAAAAAGUUUGCUUUGGGUUUUUUCCAGAUUCUCAUGGGGAUUAGCUGCAAACGCAGGCCCAUUUGCAAGCCAUUUGCGUCCAUUUGCAUGUCGCGCAAAUGGUGUCAUAGCAUGGAGAAGUAUUUUUUUCUGCAAAUCUGUUGCAAUUUUGCAAAAUCAGCAGUUUUCUCUGUAAAACACAGACUCUCGCGGUGUUUUGGGUUUUUCUCCGUCUUACAAAUGGAUGCAAAUGGCUUACAAAUGGACACCUUUUCCUUGGUCAUAGCAUGGGGAUUGCUAUUUAGCCGGAAUCUGGGAGGUCUUUUUGCCAAAAAAAGUUUGCUUUGGGUUUUUUCCAGAUUCUCAUGGGGAUUAGCUGCAAACACAGGUCCACUUGCAAGCCAUUUGCGUCCAUUUGCAUGUCGUGCAAAUGGUGCCCUAGCAUGCAGAAGUAUUUUUUUCUGCAAAUCUGUUGCAAUUUUGCAAAGUCUGCAGUUUUCUCUCUAAAACACAGACUCCCGUGGUGUUUUGGGUUUUUCUGCGUCUUACAAAUGGAUGCAAAUGGCUUACAAAUGGACACCUUUUCCUUGGUCAUAGCAUGGGGAUUACUAUUUAGUCGGAAUCUGGGACGUUUUUUUGACAAAAAAAGUUUGCUUUGGGUUUUUUCCAGAUCCUCAUGGUGAUUAGCUGCAAACACAGGUCCAUUUGCAAGCCAUUUGCGUCCAUUUGCAUGGCGCCCAAACAGCGCCAUAGCGUGCAGAAGUAAUUUUUUUCUGCAAAUCUGUUGCAAUUUUGUAAAAGCAGCAUUUGUCUCAUGUAAAGCACAGACAAUCAUGGUGUUUUGGGUUUUUCUCCGUCUUGCAAAUGGAUGCAAAUGGCUUACAAAUGGACACCUUUUCCUUGGCCAUAGCAUGGGGAUUCCUAUUUUUCCCGAGUUUAAAGUGUUUUCUCGACAGAACAAGUUGUCUCUUGCUCCGCUUUUCCUCUUUAUUGCAUUGCAAACGAAAUAUGGUAUGCUAGCUCCUUUCUGCAGGAUACUGGAAGCAGAAGGAAAUGAAGGGAAUCGUGGAAGAACCGUUGAAAAAAACCGUGCCGAGCUGGGUCUACGAGCUAACUGGAACUAAACCUCCUCCGGACGAGGAGGAGGUUCUUUCAUCGCCUGAUAACAAAGGUGCUUUCCCGUCCAUUGCAGGUAGUGCGAUCUCUUCAUCUACCGGUCGGGGUGGAACAAGUACCAACGCUUCGAAGACGAGAGCAGGGUCUACUUACCAUAAUUCAUUCUCACCCCCACCCCCACCCGGAACCGGAUCAACAUCUCCUACAAGAACCAGAAAGGCGCGCGAGCCGGGCAUGCUGCUGGUGCACGAGGCGUUUCCGCAAGAUUACCAGAGGAAAAAGGUCGAGCUGAAGCCGCGGAAAGACGUGAUUCCCGUGUUUAGGAAGAAGGCGAAGGAGCUGGCGAAGAUAAAGUCGGACUUUGUAUCAAAUGUAAAAAUGUCUGGGUCUGGAAGAAUUCAUGUUUGUCAUGCUUGUCUGGCAUGACUCUCAAAUCUGUCAUGCACGUUACCCAAGAGCGGCGCUUUUCUGUGAUGCAGAAGCGCAGUUUGUCAUGCAGAAUAGGCAACACCUAGGAGCUCAGAAACCUGUCAUGCUGAGCCAGCAUUUGUAGCCUCAUCAUGAGACGCCACCCGGCAUCACAAGUUUCCAGACCCAGACAUUUUUCCUUUUGAUACUUUGAGCUGGAAAACGAGAAAAGGGCGAAGUUUUUGAAGCAGAAAAAAAAGCUGCUGGACAAAUUGGGGUUGGAAUUGGUGUUGGAAGGAGCAGAUAAGAAGAAUAAACUGACAUCAGGAAGUAGUACGUCGGGACACAAUCCGAUGAAGAGAUCUAGUACUCUUACCACCGCUGGUGUGGACCACGAGGAUCAGCAUUUGUUCAAUAAUAUGGCUAGCACAUCAAAUGUGUCUAUCGCAGGAGCGGGCACCGAAGAUGAAAUCGGAGUCGCAGUAACAGCCGGUGGUCGUCGUGACGAACAAGCAGUGCACGAAAUUACAGAAGACCCGCAACGCCAAAGAAUUCUUCGUGAUCAUGCGGGAAAAAUUUCAUCGGUCGGCGCAGCGGCAAAAAGGGAACUCGAAACGUCGGGGAAAAAUAAACUAACGGCGCAGGAGCCGCAAGAAUCAAGAAGAUCAUCACCUCCUCCACCUGCUUCUCCUUCCUACACCCUAUCAAAUGUAAAAAUGUCUGGGUCUGGAAUGUUGCCGGGUUUGUCAUGCAUAUUUUGCAAGACCCAGGAUGUCUGUAAUGCAUGACCUAGCAUCGCAGAUUUUUAGAGAGCUUCCUGAUGCCUAAUCCGCAUGGCAAAUGUCCUCCAUGCGUAGCACAAACUGGGCUCCUCUUGCUGGUCAUGCAAUACAGAUUUUUUUGGAGUCCGAAGUUAGCAUCACAAGUUCCAACCUUCAAGACCCAGACAUUUUUGCAUUUGAUACACCCCGAAAAAGACCCAUUUGACGACCGACGACCGCAUCACCGAGAUUUUCCAGACCGUUCUGUGCAAGAAGCAACUCGACAAGACGAAGGGAAAUUUUUACCGCUCCGAUUCCCGGGUGGGGACCUGGAAGGAGCUACAGCCGGGCGAUGAAGCUGCGCCGUUGAAAAUUCUGCCCACCGCUUCGGAGAUGAAAGCGACUGCUGCGAAUAAGCGGAGCCAGUCUCCCGUCGUUGGGAAGAAAUCGGACACAGAAUAUCUAGGAAAAAACACGACCCAUCCGCAGCAUUCACUUUGUCAUCCAAGACAUGCAUCACAUUCAAAAUCAAAACCAGUCUGUCAUGCAAAAAAUUGAUGGGAGUUAUGAGUUUUUUCUGGGGAUACAGAAACCACGGAAGACUUGAAGAAGUUUUUUGAGAAGAACUACGAGCAACGGCCCUUCCCGAUGGUGCAGGGGGCGAUUUCGGGGAUUGAUGAGAAUUACGAUUUUGACACUGCAGUGGCAGUUGACUCCGGUUUUGGCAUAGAGGAUGAGUUGUCGGAUUCGGGAGAUGAACAAGAUGCUGGUCGAUCAAACAGUAAAAGUAAACGCGAAGGCGAACCUGCAAAAACGAGAACCACAACCAGAACCAUAUCAAAUGUAAAAAUGUCUGGGUCUGGAAGAUUGCGAGAUUUGUCAUGCAUAUUUCGGAUCACGCAAAUAGCCUCUGAUGCAGGUAAAAGCAUCACAGGUUUUGAGCACGCCUCGUGAUGCCUUUCCCGCAUGAGAAACUCGCUACUUGCGUGCCAAGAAAUGGACAGCUUUUGGCGCUCAUGCAACACAAAUUUUUGUGGGUUCCAGAGUUUGCAUCACAAGUCCCAACCCUUCCAGACCCAGACAUUUUUACAUUUGAUAAACCACUCAAAAGAACAACAGCUUGAUGAAGACCCCAUUCAAGAUCCUUAUAACCCGCUCAGGUGUUUUUACAAUCUCAAACGCUACAAUAGAAUCUGAGAGUUGUGAUCUUGCAUGAUGAGCAUGACACACUCGCAGAGCGUUCCACUUCCUGCAAUACAAAUUGCGCCAGAUGAUUGUAGUGGGGUUUGGGGCUGCGGAGCUUGUCAUGCGCAACCCUAUGAGAGUUGGCUAGAUCAUGCACUCUUGCAUCACAGAUUUCCAUAUUCUAUUCGUAACGUUUGAGAUUGUAACAGCUGAGCGCGUUAUAAUCCUGGAGACGGCUUUUUACCCCCGCGUCUCCGAGGGCUCCGUCCGACUGGUGAUGGUCGGGAAAAGUUUCUGCGGGCUGGUAUUGUUGCGGCGGCGGAACUAUCCUGUGCAAAAGUAUCGUACUCGUAUAAAUGCAUUAAUACAAAUUUCCUCAGCGUGAGAAAUAAAAUUUGUAAUGCAGAUUUGCCUUGGAAACAAGAUUUGUAAUGCAAGACUUGCAUUAGCAUUUGUACGAGUACGAUACUUUUGCACUUGAUAGGAACGUGUUGCUUCGAGAAUUGAAGACCGAAGAGGGGGUAUGAACUGCAAAAGCAUCGUACUCGUAUUGCAAUCAUGCAUUACAAAUCCUCUCACUAAGGUAAAUCCGCAUUACAAAUUUGAUUUCUCAUUCUGAGAAAAUUUGUAAUGCAUUGAUACGAGUACGAUACAAUACUUUUGCAGUGCAUACAGGGAGAAAGAUUGGGAAAUCGUGUGGCGUUUGUUUUCGCAGCACGAGCAGGAAGUAAAUCUGGAUCUUCACGGUUCUGGGCGUGGUCAACAACAUCAAUACACGCAAGGAGCCGCAGUGAAAACUACAGUUGCCACAGAAAUAAAACGGCUAGAUGACACAUCCUCGUCCUACAUGACAGAAAAUCUGCAGCAGCAUUACAACUGGAAACUGCAGCGAGAAUUGCAGGAACUACGACAAGCUUUCGUGCUGGAUUGCAAGACAGGAAGGGUCCGACUGCGGUCGGGAGGAACGACAAGUGCUAGUCCUGCUCGCGAGGAGGAGUACAACUAUGACAUCAACGACCAAAGUAGAGAAGUAUCAAAUGCAAAAAUGUCUGGGUCUGGAAGAUUUUGAGAUUUGUCAUGCUUGUCUGUCAUGACUCAAGAAUCUGUGAUGCAUGGGCACGAAGCGGCCCUCUUUUCUGUCAUGCAAACACGCAGUUUGCAAUGCGGAGCACGCAACACAUAGGAGCCCAAAAAAUUUGUCAUGCUUGGCUCCGUAUUGCAGUGGAACUCUCGUUCACUUUUAGCAUCACAAGUUUCCACCAGACACAGACACUUUUACAUUUGAUAAGAAGUACUAGAUGGAGGUCUACUUCAAGUAGAGGACUCUGCUGUAGUACAAGAAGUGCACCAGAGGAGAACUACACCAAAGCAGGGAGCAGAGGAAUGCAGCAACUGCAAAAACAGAAAUACAACAUCAAUAACAAACGCCGCCUUCCCCCUGAUCUGGACCGCCGAUUUUCUGAGAUGAAAAGAGAGGGUGCGACUACUCUUGUUAGUCAUGCAACACAGAUUUCAUAGGAAUGAUGUAAGACCAGCAAUACAAGUUCCAACCUUCCAGACCCAGACAUUUUUGCAGUUCAUAACCUCUAUCCAUGAAACCUUUCGUCGCGACAUCGUGGGCAUCGCAGCCGAGUUGCUGUAUCAAACAAAAAAAGUUCGUCACGUCGAUCACUCAUGCGCAUUUUUGCAAUAAGUACAAAAUUGGCUGUCAUGCGUAAAAAUGCAUGACAGCCAAGCUUCAUAGGGGAUUUCCCUAGUGUUUCUGCAAUACAAGGAAAACUUGUGAUGCUAAAAAAAUUUGUAAUGCAAAACCUGCAAGUUAGUGACUGUGACAAACUUUUUUCUUUCCAUAUGCUGGCCAACACGAUUAGUAACAACUUAGUCGACCAGGUCUUUGUGGAGGAGAUUGAAACCAGUCUGUCACCCACUAUCCAGGAAAACACCCAUCCACAUCCAAUUUGUCAUGCAAAACAUACAUAACAUCCCGCGUCUGUCAUGCAUAAAAUGUCAAGCAGCAACUGCAAAAACAGAAAUACAACAUCAAUAACAAACGCCGCCUUCCCCCUGAUCUGGACCGCCGAUUUUCUGCGGGACCACCACUGGCAGCGGCAGACAACCACCAAUCAAGGUGAAUACGAAGACUACGGCGUGAACAAAGCACCCCCGGCUCUUCCGCGCCGCGGCGGGAUAUACGACCAUGAGAAUGCGGUAGACGCGGACGCUGUUGUGAACGACAGUAAUGGUAAUGAUGUGCAGGUUAUGCAAUGUAAAUUUCCCGUACAUGUACAAAAUGCAUGACAAAUUUCAUUAACUUGGAGUGUCCAACUUGUCAUGCUAGACUGGGACUGAAGGCAAGUUUUGUCAUGCAGAGAUUGCAUUUGUACGUGUACGGGAGAUUUACUGUGGAUACAGGUACGGAAGAAGUGGGUCUUGGUGAAGGUGAAUUUCAUAUGAACUGCAAAAGUAUCGUACUAGUAUAAAUUGCAUCACAAAUUCACUUAGCAUUACUACAAAUCAAAUUUGUAAUGCGGCUUUGCCUUAGUAAAGAGAUUUGUAAUGCAUAAACGCAAUUAGUACGAGUGCGAUACUUUUGCACAGGAUACUUCACCCCGGAUUUGAGGAAAAUCUUGGAUUUGGUGGAUAUUGACGAAGAGGCUUGGAGUGGAGGUGAUGGUGAUGAUCCUGCUUCUAUUUCUACAGCGAGGAGGUUUUCAUCUCGUCGUAGUGAAAUUUCAGCUGAAUUUUUCGCGCGAAUAGUCUGUGAAUGUGGCCUAUCAACUGUAAAAAUGUCUGGGUCUGGAAACUUGUGAUGCUGGGUGGAGUAUCAUGAGGAGGCCACAAGUGCUGGCUCAGCAUGACAAGUUUCUGAGCUUCUAUAUGAUGCCUAUUCUGCAUGACAAACUGCGUUUUUGCAUGACAGAAAAGUGGGGCUCUUGAGUAACGUGCAUGACAGAUUUAAGAGUCAUGCCAGACAAGCAUGACAAACUUGCAUUUUUCCAG